AUGUAUAUUCCUUAUAUGUACCGAAAAUGUUGCACUUUCGACUAUCAAAAAAUGAGUCUUAAAACUUUACAAAUUACAAUUAUUCUAACCGUAUUUAGUUUUUAAAACAGGUGUCAAGUGACAGUUCUUGGUGCUUCUUUUAUUUCUAUUUUUUACCAUUAAUAAAGUAUUAAAGCUUUAUACAUAUAUCAUAUUGUUACAUUCAGUGGAAUGGAGCGAAGUAUUCAUGAAAUGCUGAAAGAUGCUCCACCUAUAAAUGAAAAUGAUAAUGCGGUCCAUGGUGGAACUCCUCCUCCUCAUGUACCAAACAACUGUAAUAAUGAUACUCAAGGUAGACCUGCUACAAUAAAUUUAACUUUGGGUAGUCCUACAUCACAAAUGUCUGUAACGGUGUCUCCAAAUACACCUAUCCAAAAUGGUGAUACACAAACAAUGCGCACUGCUCAAAGUAAAAUCGAAAGCAUUAAAAAUUGGAGUAUUUCCACUUACAAGUGCACAAGACAAUUAAUGUACGAGAAACUUGGAAAAACAUCUCGUACAGUAGAUUCAGAGCUUGAAACACAAAUUGAUUUAUUAAGAGAUACACAAAGAAAGUACUGUAAUGUAUUACGAUUAUCUAGAGCAUUAGCUUCUCAUUUUCAUCAUGUUGUACAAACACAGCAUGCUCUUGGCGAAGCAUUUUCUGAAUUAGCACAGAAAUCACCAGAAUUGCAAGAAGAAUUUCUAUAUAAUUCGGAAACUCAAAGGAACUUAACUAAAAAUGGUGAAACAUUACUAGGGGCCUUAAAUUUUUUUGUUUCUUCCGUAAACACACUUUGUAAUAAAACUAUUGAGGAUACUCUGCUAACUGUUCGACAAUAUGAAACAGCCAGAAUAGAAUAUGAUGCCUAUAGGACAGAUCUUGAAGCGUUAGCACAAGCUACAAAAUCUGAUGGUAGUAAUGCAGCAAGAUUAGAAGAGGCACAGGCUAAUUAUGAAGAACAUAAACAAAACUUUGAAAAACUACGAUCGGAUGUUUCAAUUAAACUUAAAUUCUUAGAUGAAAAUAGGAUCAAGGUUAUGCAUAAACAGUUAUUGUUGUUUCAUAAUGCGGUGUCUGCUUAUUUUUCUGGAAAUCAAACUGCAUUAGAAGCAACAUUGAAGCAAUUUAACAUAAAAGUGAAGUCACCAAAUUCAUCUUUACCAUCAUGGCUCGAACAGUAGUUACAUUAUAGUGAAUAAAUGCUAAUAUUUUGAAGAAUAUGAACAAAAAGACGCAUUCGUCCAAACAAAUGUUUCUUCAAACGACGGGAAAUGGAACAAGGUAGAACAUCUUAUUAAAUUCUUAAAAAUGUGCUAGGAGACGUUGCUAUCAAGAUAUCUGUCAGUUGUUGGUGGUUUCUGGAACAGAAGUAUGUUAUAAUGCAAAACCAGACUGAACUUUUUCUUUUAUUUAUGUUUUAAAUAUUGGUCAGUAUCAUAGAUAUAUGGCACUAUGCGUUAAUGAAUAUCAAUCAUACAAUUAACACUUAUGUGCAACAUUUAAUCGUAAAUAAGAGUAUGUUUGUUGAAGGAUUUGGUAAAAAUACUCUUAAUUCAAUAGUAAUGCUUAUGAAACUAUAAAGGCAAUAGAUAUUUAAUUUUUAUAUCUAACUUCUUAGAGAAAUUCUAAUGUAAAUACUUGACAAAUGAUAAAUUGAACUUUAAAUUUUGCAGUAUGUAUAAAACAGUAUUAAUUGGUUAUUUACAUUACAUUUUGCAUCAACAUAAUGGGUAUAUUGUCUUUACCCAUAAGAGAAUUCAUAACAAUAAAACAAGAAACUUCACAAAUUACAUAUCUUAUUUAAUUUUGCAUUUUGUUAUUGCAAUCUUCCAUAAUUCAAGUUUUUGUAUGUACUUAUACUUAAUUUAUCUAACUUAAAAAAGAAUCAACAUUACAAAAAAUAACUACUUCUAAAGUAUAUUUUACAUAUACAUUAUAUACGUCUUAAUUGUUGUAUUUAAAUAUCAGCAUUAGUAUCAUUGUCUUGUACGUAUUGUGUUUCUUCAUUAUAUUGUCUUUCUAAAAAGUCAAAAACAAUGUGAUUUUAAAAUCACAUUUAAAACAGUGCUUAUAUUAAUAUUUAAUGUAGUCAUUAUGAUUUAAUUAAUACAUUUCUUUUAACAAAAGAAAUUCAUUAACAAGUAUGUACAUGUUAAUUAACAU